CUCACAGUCCUUUCUUUGCAGCUGUCACUAGAAGACUUCUGGGUUUCCCUCUGGAAGAAAGCCUCCCAUCUAAGCCUGCUGUCCCUUCCAUCCCUUAUUCGCUCUCUGCAAACCGCUCCUCCAAGCCUUUCCAUUGUGCUCUGCCUCCAGCAUAAGACCUUCACCUCCUUUGUAGUGGGGAGACUUACUUGAGGCUCUCUGAACCUCCGGCUGCAAUGGAGCUGUAUGGAAAGAUGGCCUCGGCACAAGAUGCCAGGUUUGGUCAGAAAGACUCUUCUGACCAGAACUUCGACUACAUGUUCAAGUUGCUGAUCAUUGGCAAUAGCAGCGUGGGCAAAACAUCCUUCCUGUUCCGCUAUGCUGAUGACUCCUUCACGUCCGCCUUUGUCAGCACGGUCGGCAUCGAUUUCAAAGUAAAAACUGUCUUCAAAAAUGAAAAGAGAAUCAAGCUUCAGAUUUGGGACACAGCAGGCCAGGAAAGAUACAGGACCAUCACCACAGCCUAUUACCGAGGGGCCAUGGGCUUCAUUUUAAUGUAUGACAUCACAAAUGAAGAAUCCUUCAACGCUGUACAAGAUUGGUCAACUCAGAUCAAAACGUAUUCCUGGGAUAAUGCCCAGGUUAUCCUGGCUGGAAACAAAUGUGACAUGGAAGACGAACGGGUGGUCUCAACUGAGAGAGGGCAGCGCUUAGGAGAGCAGCUCGGGUUUGAGUUUUUUGAAACCAGCGCCAAGGAUAACAUCAACGUGAAGCAAACCUUCGAGCGCCUCGUAGAUAUCAUCUGUGACAAAAUGUCAGAGAGCUUGGAGACUGACCCAGCCAUCACAGCCGCCAAGCAGAGCACGAGGCUCAAGGAAACCCCUCCUCCACCACAGCCCAACUGUGGCUGCUAAUGUCCCCCUGCACAGGAGCUCCAAGGGGCUCCAGAGCAGCCAAGAAACAGCAUUUAUAAGUGGUCUAUUAGCCUUCAAUCAUACUGCCUAAUAAUUAUUUGAAGGAAGUCUUUGAUGUCAGUGGCCCAUAUAUGCAUUCAAACCGUGAGCAAUUCCCUGUGGUAAUAUGUGGCGAAUUUGCUCUUAUAUUUGUAAGGAUUAUUCAUCUAUAAACACCUGCUACUUGCA